UGGACCAAAUUAGGCCCACUAAACCCAGAUCCUUCUCGUAGAAAUCUCACACAGCACAGUCCACGCUUGUGGGCUUCUCUUUUCUUUCCCCUCGUCUUCCAGCAAGGAGGAGAUGCGGAGGGCGUCACCUUCCCCGUCUCCGGCGAGGGGUACGGCGAUCUUCGCCGCGGCGGCCGUGGUGUUACUGCCGGCCUUAUUCCCCCGGAUGUUCUCUCCGCUCGGCCACGCCUUCCCUUCGCUCUUCUCGGAGUGGAAUGCACCUAAGCCAAUGCAUCCUUCUCUUUUAAAUGAGGCUUUGCGGUGGGCAAUUCCAGGUGAGCAGAAGAGAGAGCUCUGGUCACCCUUGUCUUAUCAGGGGUGGAAACCAUGCUUAAAGUCAUCAAUUUCUCAUGCAUUACCUCUGGAGCCAAGUGGAUACAUACAGGUAUUUCUUGACGGUGGACUUAACCAGCAAAGAAUGGGGAUAUGUGAUGCAGUUGCAGUUGCAAAGAUUCUUAAUGCUACUCUUGUUAUCCCACAUCUUGAAGUAAACCCUGUUUGGAAGGACUCGAGCUCAUUCGAAGAAAUUUUUGAUGUCGAUCACUUUAUCAACUCCCUAAAAGAUGAUGUUUCCAUCAUCAAAGUACUUCCAAAAGAAUUUUCUUGGAGCACAAGAGAGUACUAUGGCACAGGCAUCCGUGCUACGAGAAUAAAAACUGCACCUCUUCACGCCUCAGCAAAGUGGUAUCUGGAGAAUGUCAGUCCUAUCCUGCAAAGCUAUGGUAUUGCUGCUAUUGCCCCCUUUUCUCACCGCCUCGCAUUUGAUGAUCUGCCUGCGGAUCUUCAACGUUUGCGUUGUAAAGUUAACUUCCAAGCCCUGGUAUUUCGGCCUCACAUUAUCUCGCUCGGGGAAACUCUUGUGAAGCGCUUGAGGUCUCCUGUCCAGGGGCAUUCCGAUGAAUCUAUCCAUCAAGUUGUAGAAGAAAGCACAAAUCAAGCCGGAAAAUAUGCAGUUUUGCACCUCCGUUUUGAUAAGGAUAUGGCUGCACAUUCAUCCUGUGACUUUGGAGGUGGCAGAGCUGAAAAAUUAGCUCUGGCUAAGUACAGGAAAGUUAUCUGGCAAGGGAGGGUAUUGAAUUCACAGCUAACUGAUGAGGAGCUUCGGAACACAGGACGCUGCCCGUUGACCCCAGAAGAAAUUGGGCUGGUACUGGUAGCCCUCGGCUUUGACAGCAGAACUCGACUCUAUCUUGCUUCUCACAAGGUAUAUGGUGGGGAAGCCAGGAUCUCUAGCUUACGCAAACUUUUCCCAUUAAUGGAGGAUAAAAGAAGCCUUGCAUCCGAAGAGGAACUUGCUGAUGUUGAAGGGAAGGCUUCUGUGCUAGCAGCUCUUGACUAUUAUAUCAGCAUGCAUAGUGAUAUUUUCAUCUCUGCAUCACCUGGGAAUAUGCACAAUGCUUUGUUGGCUCACCGGACAUAUGAGAACUUGAAGACAAUAAGACCAAACAUGGCAUUGCUGGGCCGCAUCUUUGUGAACAAAAGCAUGGAGUGGUUAGAUUUUCAGCAGGCUGUACAGGCAGGGCACAAGGGAAGAUAUGGGCAAAUCAGGCUGAGGAAGCCAAAGCAAUCUAUCUAUACCUAUCCGGCGCCAGAUUGUAUGUGCCAUGGGUAGACUCCUAAAUGCCACAUCAAAGACUGCUGUGCUAGGCUCUUCAGCUCAAGGGUUCUGCUAGAUCACCAGCUAAUCUGUCAAUGGCGCUCCUUACUGGCAAUUUCUAGCUCUCUUGGAUUGCGACAUUUGGUUCCGGUGUUUUGGUGGUUUAGUCAUUUAGCUCAUUCAGUUGAACCUUAACUUAUACCAACUUUCUUGUUCUUUCUUUCUUUCUUUUUUGAGAACUUAUGCCAACUUGACUUGUAGCCUCCACGAAGACAAUCCCUUCCCGGUAACAUGUAAAUUUUGAGACCGCUGCCGUGCACUAAUCAUUUUCCCCCUGUUCAUAAUACAGUCUAUGCAGAUGUAAUUAACAGAAAUUCUUGGUUGUGACUGGUUUUAGCA